ACGAGAAGGAAAAGCGAUCCGAAGGGAAUUGGAGCUUGGGAGGAAUUCGAACAAAUGAGCGCACCAGCCACCGCCAACGGCGGUCGUGUCGAGGCAGCACAGGAUGCUGUAGUCAAAGUACUGGUGUUGGGGGAUGCUGCGACUGGAAAAACGAGCAUCAUCAAGAGGUAUGUCCACAACGUAUUCUCGGAGCACCACAAGACCACCAUCGGCGUCGACUUUGCCCUUAAGCCCGUGACGGUGCAAAACACAACGCUGCGCCUCCAGUUGUGGGAUAUUGCGGGGCAAGAACACUUUCGGGCACUCAAUCGUGUGUACUACAAAGAUGCCCUCGGUGCCCUCGUCGUCUACGAUCUGUCGCGCCAGGAUACGUUUGAGAGUGUGUUAAAGUGGAAGAAAGAAAUCGAUACUAAAGUCGAACUACCUAACCGCAAACCAUUGCCUGUGGUUCUCUGUGGAAACAAGGCCGACUUGGCGGGUGACAUUGACCACGAGUUCAUGAACGAUUUUUGCGCAACCCAUGGCUUUGCAGGUUGGUUCGACACUUCUGCAAAGGACAACAAGAACAUCGACGAGGCCAACAAGGCGCUCGUGGCAGCGGUGUUGCAGCAUCGCGACAUUUUUGAGAAAAAGGCUGAGCCGCGGAAAGAUGUAUUCCGCGCCACGGCAGCGAAUGCCGCGACCAUACAGAGCAAGCCCAGCAGUUCGUACUGCUGCAGCAGCUUUUGAGCGCACUUCGUCCCCAUUCUAGCAUUUUUUGUCAUCGCCGCCGAUAAAGACAUAUCUCGUUAAUAUUGAGCGAGUUAUAGUUAAAGAGAGAAUGGAGCUAGGGCGAAA